AUGUAUUUUGGCAGCAGUUUCCAAUGGAAUGUCAAGACAGGAAAAGUUUGCCUAGCUGUGCUAGACAAGCCCACUUGGAUACAUCUGGAAAACUAUGAGCGAAUGAAAGCACUGGUAACCGAACUUCAAGAGCAAGCAGAAAAAAUCAGAUUAGGAGGUGGAGAAAAAGCUCGUACGCGUCACACAUCAAGAGGAAAGCUGUUACCCAGAGAGAGAAUUGACAGGCUUAUUGAUCCCGGGUCUCCGUUCUUGGAGUUCUCCCAGUUUGCAGGUUAUCAGUUGUAUGGUAAUGAAGAGGUACCGGCAGGAGGCAUUAUCACAGGCAUUGGACGAGUAUCUGGGGUGGAAUGCUUGAUUGUUGCUAAUGAUGCAACUGUCAAAGGUGGUACCUAUUAUCCCAUCACUGUUAAGAAACAUUUACGUGCUCAAGAAAUUGCAAUGCAAAAUCAUCUCCCUUGCCUAUAUUUGGUUGAUUCAGGAGGAGCAAAUUUACCGCGGCAAGCAGAAGUAUUUCCAGAUCGAGAUCAUUUUGGACGUAUUUUCUAUAAUCAAGCAGUCAUGUCCUCACAAGGAAUUCCACAGAUAGCAGUAGUAAUGGGAUCCUGUACAGCAGGAGGAGCAUACGUACCUGCGAUGGCUGAUGAAAGUAUUAUUGUUGGCAAACAGGGAACGAUAUUCUUGGGAGGGCCACCACUGGUUAAAGCAGCAACAGGUGAAGAGGUAUCAGCAGAGGAUCUUGGAGGGGCAGAUCUUCACUGCAGAAAAUCCGGUGUAACAGAUCAUUAUGCUUUGGAUGACGAUCAUGCACUUCAUCUAGCAAGGAAAGUUGUAAGAAGUUUAAAUCUCCAAAAGAAAGUAGAUGUGACUAUAGAACCAUCAGAAGAGGCUUUGAUGUGGCUGGGGGUUGAUAACAUUCUGAAAAAGCUGCCAGAAAAUACGGAACUUUGUCAGUGCUCUCCCAACCACUUAUGGAGACUGUUCCAUUCUACUGUCAUCGCUAGAAUUGUAGAUGGAAGUAAAUUUGAUGAAUUCAAAGCCUUGUAUGGGGAUACUUUAAUUACAGGAUUUGCAAGAAUAUUUGGUUAUCCUGUAGGAAUUGUUGGAAACAAUGGAGUUCUUUUCUCAGAGUCAGCAAAAAAGGGUACACAUUUUAUCCAGUUGUGCUGCCAGAGAAAUAUUCCCAUUGUGUUUUUGCAGAAUAUUACAGGUUUCAUGGUUGGUAGAGAAUAUGAAGCUGGAGGGAUAGCAAAAGAUGGUGCCAAGAUGGUAACUGCUGUAGCUUGUGCCAAUGUACCUAAAAUAACAGUGAUCAUCGGUGGUUCUUACGGAGCUGGGAACUAUGGGAUGUGUGGAAGAGCAUAUAGUCCAAGAUUUCUUUAUGUCUGGCCAAAUGCUCGCAUAUCGGUGAUGGGAGGGGAACAAGCUGCAACUGUUCUAGCUACAAUAGCUAAGGACCAAAAAGCAAGGGAGGGAAAACAGUUAUCUGAGGCAGAUGAAGCAGCUUUGAAGGAGCCAAUCAUUAGGAGGUUCGAGGAGGAAGGAAACCCUUAUUAUUCCAGUGCAAGAUUAUGGGAUGACGGAAUUAUUGAUCCAGCUGACACAAGACUGGUUUUGGGCCUCAGUCUCAGUGCAGCAUUAAAUGCACCUACGAAGAAGACAGAAUUUGGGGUUUUCAGGAUGUAAACUUAAACAUACGCUCAUCAGAAUUACCUCUGUAUAUUUUAAUUGGGGCUGGAGAGCAAACUAACCACAAUGUUAAGGUGAUUAAAAAAUAAA